UCCUGCCGCAGCACCCCAUGUCAAACUUGCAGAAGAGGCAGCAUACACUCCUAUUAUGCCAAACUGACAUGCCUCUGGCAGUGGUUUUGGCUUUAAAGUCCUGGAACAUGGUCACAAGACACUGAUGACACACUUAACUGGUUUUGGGAGGAUGCGUAGGCGUGUGCACAAGAGUUGAAUCCAUCUAAGUGUUACUCGGAGUCGAUCCAUUGAAAUUAAUAGGCCCAAGUUAGUCACGUCCAUUAGUUUCCAUGCCUGUCAACCAAGAGGAGAUACUUGACAGAACUAAAGGCUGUUUCCACCACGGAGCCACUAGAGAAUGAAAGAAAAGCAAAACAGUCUUGUGGAACUGUAAAGACUUAAAUUUAUUACGGCAUAAGCUUUCGUUGAUCAGAAUCCACCUUGGAUGCAUGACAACAUGCACACACACACACAUACACAUUGUGGGUAAGGCAGAAUGGUGAGGACUAAAGUCAGAGGCAAGCGAAAUGCAAAAGGGACAGUGGUAAUUAUGCAAAGGCACAAUAGUUACAGUGACACUUAAACAAGGCUGUGUUGGUGAUAACACAAACAUCCUGCCAUUGGUAAGCUGGAUAAACUUAUGAAGUGUGGUUAAAAAUUUUCUGUAUUCGAACCGUAAGUGAUAGAUCAUAUCUUGGGAGCUCUUUCAAACUGUAUUUUCCACAUUCAAACCCAGCACUGGUUAUGGUAUCUUACUGGCUUUCCUCUUUUAUAUAUUCUUCUGAAAUCUACAGAGUUAGCAAAACUUUAAUUUGUCUGUGUUCCAGAGCUCACAAACUCAGCCAGCCCCAGAAACAUUUGACAUUGGAAUGAAACAGUUUCAGUGGACUCCAUUUCCACGUUACCACACAAAUAAUUCAAGAAGUAAAAAACCUCCUGAAAAUCAAGCUCUUAGUUUGAUAGAAAGAGGAAAUGAUGCAGAUGGGAGAUUCAGUGUUAUUUCUCCUGUUCCCAAGCAAAACCCCAUUUCAGCCGGUAAAUAUACUGCUGAGGAAACAACAACUGGACACAACAAUCAUCUUUCCCCUAAGCUGGAAGGUAGAGAAAUGAUUGAAAUGUGCCUGCACUCAACCCAGCAGAAUUCACCAGGACAUUCAUCAACAGCUGCACAGAGCCAGCCAAGAGUAUUUGUGUUUGAAAAGCUUUGGAAAGGGGCUACAACACAGAGUGAAGGAAAAAGCAGAAAGGAAAAUAAAACACUAUCAAAUGAUGAUAAGCAAAGUACUUUGCUGUGCCAGCCUAACAAUGCCACAUCAGUGUUACCUGUGCAGGAAUCUCCUGCUCUUUGUUUGAGUGUCGGCAACCAAGAAAAAACAGAGGACCACAGGGAGGAAAUCUUAGCUCUCAGCCAGUGUCCCAUGUGUCAGAUCCACUUUACUGGAAAGUGGUCAAAACUGGACAUUGAUGGUCAUCUUGCUAAAUGUUUGUCUGAAAGUGAUGUAGAUGUAAUUUGGUAACAAAGAAGAUAGCAGAGAACAGCCAAUGGUUCUUAGUAGUCAAUAAAUUUGCAGCAAUUUACCACAGAUCAAAAAAACUAAAGAAGGAGGUGCUCAAGUGCCAUGUCAUAUUUCAUUAUGUAUAUCCUGCUAUCGGGUCAGUAUUGUAAAUGUCUGUGGGAACCUCAGUGAAGUCUGGAUGCACAUGACUUAUUUUUCUAGUAAAAGCACUACUGAAGUGUAUGUUCUCUAUGGGACAUAUUAUGAACCAUGACUGUACAGAGUUUAAAAUCUAAUAACAAAAUUAUCUGCUUCAGGGUGCUUAGGGGAUGAGGUUUGUUGAAAAUUAAAUAGUCAUCCAGCCACAAAGUUUUCAAUAAAAAGAUAGCUAGCAGUUUUCCUCCGCUGCAAUUUCUGUGUGUUUAUUCAGAUUGCUCACUAAUGCUUUUGUACGAUGUACUUCAUUAAGAUACUCAGUCAAUUUACUGUAUAGCUUCACAAAUACCUUAGCAAAUUCAGCACAAGUUCACCAAGACCUGGUACCUGAUACAAACUGAACCUGUUAUUACCUUUACAACAAGAAUAAUGCUGAUCUUAUCAGUAACAGGCCAGUAAGAAGUAUUUUAACAUUAAGUAACAGAGCCUAAAAUAGAAGAUCUGUUUUUGUCACGGUUUCCUUCAAAACAAUAAAUUCAGUAUAGCAUACAAAGGUAUAAAAUGCUGAAGUCCUUUUGGCACAUGGAACAUGUGGCAAAGCAAAUUAUAUGGGAAAUGUCUGCUUAGUGAAACAAUUAGUCUAAACCUUUUCAUUAAAGUCUUUAAUAGAUGUGCAAGAAUAUAAAUGAUCUUAGCUGUUUACGGGUUAGUAUACCAUCUUUUGCACAAAUAAAACUGGCCAAAGAUCUCAACUAGUUAAUUAUACAAAACUACAAGAACAUAUUUACUGUUUUACAAUCAUUAAAUUAGCUAGAGUGUUUUCAUUUACAUUUCAUUUACAUACUAAGACAAUUAUAUCAUUACCAGAUCCAUUUGCAAUAUAUUAGGAUUUUUUUUAAACCACACAUUUAAUUACAUCCUUCAUUUGUUCUUUAAUUUAUAAAACAAGUACUUUAUAUAAAAAAUUUCCCCUUCAUCAUGAACAGAACAUUAGUCAUACACUUGCACACAAGCAACUGACUUGUAACCAGCAACUUAUUUGGCAACACAGCAACAUUGUGAAUUGCCUUCAAUUGUAAAUAAAUCAAGGAUUGGUUUUUGUCUUGAGCAAGUGUGUGUACUUGCCCUACUCUAAUGUUCUGAUAUCACAGAAGUUCAGGGCAAAGAACCCUUCAUGUUUUGCCUAGCCCCCUUAGCCCCAGAACCAGACAGCAUCCGUAGGUCACAUCACCAUGCAAAACCAGCUGCUCAGUUGUAAAUCCAAGAUACAGAGACACAAAACAUUCAGGGAACACUGAGAAUCCAAGAUACAGAGACACAGACCAGUCAGGGUUCACCAAGGAGAAGGAGAAGAAAAAUGGCAUUCAAAUCUUUUGCAUGAUUCAAUUAAAAAGAAAUCAAGACUCUCUCUUAGCUAGGUGACUUGGUUAUCUAAACCCCAAGCAUUUGAGGAAAGUACAUCUAACUGAAUUACUUAGUGCUGGUUAGAACAUAUGUUGCUUAAUACAAAAAAGAUAGUUCAGAGAGCAACUUUCAACAACUCUGGAUGGGACUAAUAAAGUUGAAUUAUCACAGAUGUGCGUUAAUUCAGUGGUCAGGGUAAGGGACAUACAAAAUAUAGUCUUAACUGAUGGUUCUUUGAAAGAUUUUUCAAUACCAUGAUUUGGCAGUCUUAUCCUAGCACCUCAUGGACUUGAAUGCAACUGAGAUGUCAUGUUCAGCACCUAAUGUAAUGCUGUACCCUGAGAAACCUAUACAAUAAAAGUAAUGUGAAAACGGUUGCAAGUUGUCUUGCAUUUUAUACCGAAUUGGGUGAGAUAUCAUGGCACACAGGGUUUCUCUCCUUCCUGAAGAAUUUUCUUCCUCAGAACUGCAAGCUACUCAAUGGAGUUACAACGAAAAUCUACGAAAAAAGAAAUA